AGUGGGGAGUUGAAUAGCGUUCACGGAAUAAAUAUUAUGGUUCUGUAGUAUCAGCGCUGUCGCGGUACUUUACCUGUUACGUAUCAGUCGUACCAUUUCAGAAAUCAGAAAUGAAUUAAUUUAUGUUAAUUACGCUGUACUAUAUGUCGCGCGGUAUUAUAACAAAAGUGUCACCUGAAAAUUAUAUGAAUUAGUGGAUUUUUUUUAUAAUAGUUGUGUUGUUUUUUUUGCGAAUAACAGAAGGACUCUGGCAAGCAAAGGAUAAAUAAAGUUACUCAUAAAUAUACCACAGAAACAAUGUUGGGGUUGAAAGCCAUCCGUGAGGACACACGCAUUGACAUUUUGGUAUAAAGAGGAGAACACAUCAAGUACUAUGAAUGCCUUGCGAUUGAAAAGGCAAUUAGUUACCCACUUGUAAGGCUUACUUGAUAGCCCAGAAGACGGAAGUAUUUUAGUUCACAAUUAAAUUUCAGAUGGCGAGCAAAAUAUAUCAAGCCCUUAAACGUAGAAAAAGGAACGACCAAUCAGAGGGCUCCACACAACUUUCGCGAUGCCUGAACCUGUUUGACCUGACAGCGCUAGGAGUAGGAGCAACUUUAGGAUUAGGAGUUUACGUACUGGCAGGGUCCGUGGCCAAAACAACUUCGGGGCCGGCAGUGUGUCUGUCUUUCUUGGCAGCUGCGGUGGCUUCUGCAGUGGCGGGUCUGUGCUAUGCAGAGUUUGCCGCAAGAGUGCCAAGAGCCGGAUCUGCGUAUGUGUACAGCUACGUGGGAGUGGGGGAAUUUGUGGCGUUUGUGAUUGGGUGGAACCUUUUGCUUGAAUACGUAAUAGGUACGGCAAGUGUAGCACGAGGCCUAAGUAACUACAUCGAUGCCUUGGCAGAUAAAAAAAUUAGAGAUACUCUCACAGAAUGGAUGCCCAUGGACGUUGAGUUUCUAUCGUCCUAUCCAGAUUUCUUUUCGUUUAUAUUUGUAAUGUUGUUUACCGCUCUCUUGGCUUUUGGCGUAAAGGAAUCUUCAAACUUGAAUAACCUGUUCACCGUACUAAACUUGGCUACUAUUUGUAUCGUACUUGUUGCAGGAGCAAUAAAAGCUGACAUUAGCAACUGGAAGAUCCUCCCGGAAUCUAUCCCAGAGGAAUACCAAUCAGCCGCUGGAAAAGGAGGCUUCCUCCCUUUCGGUGUGUCAGGAGUCAUGGCGGGAGCCGCCAAAUGCUUCUAUGGCUUCGUCGGGUUCGAUUCCGUGGCUACAACGGGCGAAGAAGCCAAGAAUCCACAAAGAGAUAUACCACUGGCAAUUGUAUUCUCGCUUUUUAUUACUUUUUUGGCUUACUUUGGUAUAUCUACGAUUCUUACGAUGAUUUGGCCAUACUACCUACAAGAUCCAGAUGCGCCCCUUCCAUACGUUUUUGAACAAAUAGGCUGGCACACCAUUAAGUGGAUUGUGACCGUUGGCGCUAUCUUUGCCCUUCUCACGAGUCUCCUAGGGGCCAUGUUUCCCCUACCUAGAGUUGUUUAUGCGAUGUCAUCGGAUGGUCUUAUUUUCAAGUUUUUGGCCAAAGUCUCACCGAGGACUAAAACGCCAUUGCUCGCGACGGUGUUAUCUGGACUUCUGUCAGGUAUAAUGGCAGUCCUUUUCAACCUUGACCAGCUUAUUGACAUGAUGUCUAUUGGAACCCUAUUGGCUUACACAAUUGUAGCUGUAUCUGUUUUGAUUAUGAGGUAUCAGGUAGAUGAAACCAAGGCUACUUAUCCUGACAUAACAAUGACAAAAAUGGAAGAAACUGUAGAAGAAUCCAUAUACCAUAAGUUCAAGUUUAUAUUUAAUUUGAACAACAAUAAAUACCCCUCAGUUGAAACUUCUGGUGUAGUCACUUGGAGUAUAUCUCUUUAUAGUAUUUUCACGGUACUAUUCUGCGUAGUAUUCAUCAAUGGCAAAGACUUAUUAUCGGAACCAUUCUUCGUACUAGCUUUAGUGAUAGCUGCGAUUGCUAUGCUCACAACUCUGGUAGUUAUUGGCAGGCAACCCACGGUGGACGAAAAACUUACUUUCAAGGUACCCCUAGUGCCACUUAUACCUUGCCUAAGCGUACUAUUCAACGUAUAUCUAAUGCUGGAGUUAGACCUACAUACUUGGAUAAGGUUUUCAAUAUGGUUAUUCUUAGAUUUUUUGUGGUGGUAUCGAAAAAUUCGUCACUUUGCAUUUAUAUUCCAGGUUUCCUGAUAUACUUUUUCUACGGAAUAAAACAUAGUGAAGAAAAUCCAGAUAACAAAAAGAAGACGGUCCUAUAUCAUAUUCCGAGGCUGUUGACAAACAAGAUACAAAAUUCUAGGAAUCCUCAUUUUUUUAAAAUGAUUCCAAGCCAGUGUCUAGUAAUGCAUGGUAGGACUGAGCAUCAUCAUGAUCGACAAUAAUGUCCUCUGAUCUAUUACUGAUAUUUGAAUUAUGUAGCAAACACACAUUAUAACAGUGCAAUGCUAACUGUGUACAAAUAGCAUGGAAAAAGCCUUAUCUUAACAGCGAUUCUAUAGUAAAUUCUUUUAAGACAAAUUGCAAGCCCUUAAAUGGUUAGUACAAACUAUGUGAUGUAUUUUACAUUCAAAAUCAGAGUUCUAUCGUGUAGGUUCUUGAAAAUGCCUUGGUUUGGAAUACUCUCUUUUAUCGGAAUGACAAUAAAGCCUAUUUUUUUGAGUGCCUACAAUCCAUCCUAAGCCAAGAUAAAGAGAUAAUCUACUCUGUACUGGUCGACAACAGGCCACACGAUCUGUAUCGGAUUCAGCAAUGAGUGUCGUCCUGUUGCUGAGCGAUCAGGUAAACGUAUUUGUUAUGUUUUACUAUUGAUUAACGUAUUCCAGCCGAAGAUACCCUAUUAAAAUAGCUACUAGAAAAGCCAAGGAUGUAUUGAGAGUCCUAAUGUCAUCUAUGAGUCUGUAGCAAAACCAACCACAAGUCUUUCCCAAGUGAAUUUCUUAAUUUAUUUUUGUGCUCUGCUACUGCCUUAUAUUAGGCGAUAGAGUCUACCAGACCCUUUCAUGGUCUCCGGAGUACAGUACAUUGUUUUCUAUCCCCAGGAAUAAUUGAUGGUUUCUCUCUAUCUUGGAUUUUGACCGAGCUUAGAAAUGGCAGUUUAGCUUUAUAUCGCAUAUCGCUUUCUGUAAGCAUACUCUUGAAGCUUUACAAAAGAAAAGACAAAUGUACUGGUUGAUUAUUGUUAGAUUCGUUUGUUGUUUAAAUAAAUGCUUUACGUUGGAGUAGAAGUUAAAGAAGGUACUUAAUAGCGUUAUUGUACUUAAUAGUUACUGAGUCCUUGACGACUAAGCAGUAUUAUUAGGGCAAUGCAAUAAUUAUGUCAUUGAUUAUAUUAUAUAUUUAAAUACGUGAAAUGCUCAUACUUUGUUGUUAUCGUACAUCAGGCCGGCGGCAGCCAUACUUUUGAUGUACAGUAUGGAUCGUCAAAGGUUGUGAAGUAUGGAUUUUCGUGACGUUGUGAUAGAUAUUUAUAAUUUUAUUUAAACUUAGUGCUUAGUGUAAAUAUUUUUUAUAUAAUAAAUGUUUUCAG